UUAAGUUUUAGUGAUUUAUGUAAAAAUUUAACUAUUUAUAGAUGAAGAGAUAACUACGAAUUUGCUAAAGUAGAGCAUUAACGUUUCCUACAUUGACUCUUAUCAGUUCAUAUUCUAAACCGAGCUCAAAUUAAUAUUUUAGUUGUAUUUUUAAUCUCCAAACGAAUUGUGGUAUAUAUAAAGAACGAAUUCAUUAUGGGUAUUGUUGUAACUUUCGUAUCCAUUGUAGUGUUUUUACCAAUUAUCUAUAUCGGCUUUGUGAUUUACAAGAAAGGCAUAAACAUAAGAGAUGUGAAAAUAAACACCGCGAAUGAUCUAAAACGUUUGCUCACUCCCCCUCUAGCUAAUCGACCACUUAAAUAUCUCCAAAAAGCUGCUUGAUUUAAAAAAUUAUAUUUUAUCUUUUUUUUUAAUGCGUAGCUUAA